AUGACUGGUCUCAGUUUUAUUCGGUUUAACUUUAACAAUUUUGCUUUGAGAAAAGGUUUCAUAAAGUUUCAUGAAUUAAGUCUAAAAUGGUAUAGUAAAUUUGGUCCAACUGAUAUAAAAGGAAAAAACAUCACAGCACAAAAAUGGCUUCAACGACAAAUGAAAGAUCCUUACAUCAGACAAGCUAAGCAAGAAAACUACAGAUGUCGAAGUGCAUACAAAUUGUUAGAGAUGAAUAACAAGUUCGAAAUAUUUAGCCCAGGUCAAAGAGUCAUUGAUUGUGGAGCAGCUCCUGGUUCCUGGACCCAGGUGGUCAUUGAGAGGGUCAACAGUUCAGAGAAAUCAGGCUUGGUAAUAUCUGUGGACUUACUUGACAUCGAGGCUUUGGAUGGUGCUGUCACAUUAGGUGGAUGCGACUUUACAAAGAGUGAAACUCAGGACAUGAUAAAGAAACAUCUGGACACUGAGAAGGCAGAUGUCAUCCUCAGUGAUAUGUCCCCAUCUGCAUCAGGCAUCAAAUCUUUAGACCACGACCAAUCAAUUAAACAAGUUCUGUCUGUUUUUAAAUUCGCAAUGGAGUGUCUGAAAGAGCAAGGAACACUGCUGGUGAAAGUAUUUCAAGGAAGCCAGCUUGAUGGCUUGAUCAAUUUACUGGAUAAAUAUUUUGAAAAAGUUCAAAUAGUUAAACCACAUGCCAGCAGAGUAAAUUCUUCAGAAAUGUAUCUGUUAGCUAGGAGAUUUUUUAUUAGAUGA